GUUUGACGUCAAACAAAACCGGUUAAUUUCAAAUACGGGCGCGUUGUUCGGCUUCUCCGGAGUUUAUAUAAAUACAAAUGGAGACCAGCAAAGAAUCACCGAGUGCCUUUAAAACACCUUGCAAGCCUGCAAAAGUGAAAAGUCCAGUCAGUGCUUGUGGAACCCCGGUCACCAUUCCUGCCUCUCCCUUCAUGAAGAAGCUCGGCUGUGGGACUGGAGUCAAUGUUUACCUCAUGAACAGGAUAGGGAAGCACACUCAUUCUCCAUGGGCUAUAAAGAAGAUCAACAGCAAGUGUGCUCAAGGUCAAGUGAGUGUUUAUCAGAAGCGUCUCUGUGAGGAGGCCAAGAUCUUGAAGGACCUCAAGCACCCCAAUAUUGUUGGCUUCAGAGCUUUUACCACUGCGAAGGAUGGCUCGAAGUGUUUAGCAAUGGAGUAUGGCGGAGAACAGUCUCUCAAUGACUUGAUUGAGAAGAGGAGAGAGGAGGGUCUGCAGGCCUUUCCAGUGGACACUAUUGAAAAAGUGGCUCUUCAUGUUGCACGCGGUUUACUGUACUUGCACAAUGAAAAAAAGCUUCUGCAUGGAGACAUGAAAUCAUGCAAUGUUGUCAUCAAGGGCGAUUUUGAGAGCAUCAAAAUCUGUGAUGUUGGUGUUUCACUGCCACUGGAUGAAAACAUGCAAGUGAGUGAUCCAAAGGCUCAUUACAUUGGGACGGAGCCGUGGAAGCCUAAAGAAGCUCUGGAGGAUGGAGUGAUCACAGAUAAAGCUGACAUCUUUGCCUAUGGACUCACACUGUGGGAAAUGAUGACGCUUUCUGUUCCUCACCUGGAGAUGCUGGACACUGAGGGUGAUGAAGAUGAUGAUGACGAGUCAUUUGAGGAGGAUUUUGAUGAAGAUGCGUAUUAUGAGCGGCUGGGGUCUCGACCAGCUCUGGAUGCAGUGACUCUGGGAGGCUCUUAUCAGAGGAUGGUGGAGCUCUUCUGUCUCUGCACGGAGGAAGACCCUCAGAAGAGACCCUCGGCAGCUCACAUUGUGCAGGUGCUGGAGUCAAACAGCCAGCUUUUCAAGCAAAACACUGAGGUAAUUGUAAUCGAUUAAAUGCUCAGUUGCAUUCCUGCCAAUGACGAAUCCUGAAGUCUUUGAGUUGUGUGUUUGAGGAAAAGAACAUCAUUUUUGUUUUAUUUUAUUCUGUAAACGGCUGAUGACAUUUUGAGAAUCUUUUUACAUAAAAUUUAAAAGGUGCCAUGUUUUCAUACAUUAAUGGUCAUUUUUAACUUCAGAAUGGUUAAGCAAUAUUUGGUGGAAUAACCCUGACUUUCAUUCAAAACAAAUUGAAAUAAUUUGUUAUUCUGACUGGUUUUCAUUUUUGGAAGGAAAAAAAACUUUAAAUUUGUAUAUGGCCUAUGGAAGGAAUGUUAUCAGAUCUUUUAUUGAAUAAAAUAUUAACAUUUUCCUUAAACCUACUUCUAAGAAAUUGAGAGAAUUUGGUUUAAUUUUUGGUUCCCUUGCUGUGUUAGCAUGGUUACCUGUAAGGAUUUUACUGUUUGAGCUCUGUCACAUUGUAAAUAUUUCUCUGUUUAAAAUGUGUCAUGUUACAUAAGGUCUUAUGUAGUCUGCUGACUUUCAGACAUGCUCUCGAUGAUACUGUAACUGCAGUCAAAUUUGAAUUAAAGUGUCUGUGAACUUCA